AUGGCCAGAAUUUGCCUGCUGCUGCUAUGUCUGAAGAUGUGUGAAAUUUAUUCGCAAGAAGGACGCUGGGAGACCAGCUGGACAAAGAAUGACUCCGACGUCGUGAGUGACCUGUUGGACCAGUGGAAAAGGAACGCCUCCGAUGCCCUGGAUGAGGAUUGGAAGCAACGGCUGCCCAAAGGCAUAAUUAUUGGAGUGAGGAAAGGGGGCACCCGGGCCUUGCUGGAGAUGCUGAGUCUACACCCCCAAAUCGCAGCUGCUCACUCCGAGAUACAUUUCUUCAACGUGGAAGAGAACUACCAAAAGGGAUUGGAUUGGUACUGCGAACAGAUGCCCAAUUCCCACAGCGCUCAAAUCACCGUGGAGAAGACGCCGGGCUAUUUCUCUUCCCUCGAGGCCCCGGAGCGGAUCUAUGCCAUGGACCGUUCCGUGAAGCUCCUUUUGAUUGUGCGGGAUCCCGUGGAAAGGUUGGUGUCCGAUUACACCCAGAUCCUCUACAACCGCAAAGCCCGGCAGAAACCGUACCAGUCCCUGGAGGAAAUCCUGAAAAGGGGCCAAGAGCUGAACACCAACUACAAGGCCAUGCAGCGCAGCCUCUACGCGCUACACUUGGCUCGGUGGCUGGAGUUCUUCCCUACAACGCAGAUCCACGUGGUAGAUGGAGGCGGCCUGAUACGGCAGCCAGAUUCGGAGAUGCGUCACGUGGAGCAGUUUUUGGGACUGGAGCCUUACCUGGGCCCAGACAACUUUUACUUCAACGAAACAAAAGGCUUCUUUUGCCUCCAGGCCAAAGGAGAACGGCACUGCCUUGACCAGUCGAAAGGCCGACCUCACCCCACCGUCGAUGAAUUACUGCUGGAGCGACUCUGCACCUAUUUCAGUCAGCACAACGAGGACUUUUUUGCCAUGGUGGGACGGACUUUCAACUGGUGCUGA